AUGGCAAAUACAUAUGAUGAAUUGUAUGUACCUCUCAGCUAUUACCUUCUACAUAAUGAAGGGGGUCAAGAAGGAGUAGUGGGAAAUGAUCAACCAGCGAAAAAAGGGACUAAGAAACAGGUUAUUAACAAAUCUUCCCUUAUCAUUGAUAUAAAACCAUACGGUGAAGAAACAGAUUUAGAUCAAGUCCUAAAGCUUGUGAAGGAAAUUCAAAUGGAUGGCUUGACUUGGGGAAAGGCCCAUAAAAAAACUCCAUUUGCCUAUGGCCUCUUUAAGUUACAGGUUUCUUGCGUAAUAGUUGACGAUUUAAUCAACACAGAUGAACUGAUCGAACGGAUAGAAAAUGUGGGUCUAAGUUCAGAGGAUAUUAAAAAGAAAAAGGAACUUCAAGAAUUGAUGGAAGGAGACAACGAUGAGGAGUUGGAUGAUGAAGUAGAAGGACUUGUUCAAUCCGCAGAAAUUAUUUCUUUUAACAAAUUAUAA